ACCUUUCAUCUUAACAAUAAAAAUAUAGGCAAACAGGCCCUUAACACCAAACGACCGUCUUGAAGAACAAACAGCACAAAAACGACUGUUCAUCAUCUUCUUCGUACAACAAACGAGCCCUAAGCAUAAUCCCACGCUCCAAAUUCACGGGACCCCAGCUGCAUUUGCCCUUUUUUUUUGGAUUGUUUCGUGUCAUCAUCUCACAGAACGGUAAUAUGCUGACCCAUUUCUGUUCUUCAAAUGGUAUUUUUUUUUUUCUUCAUUUUUCGUUUCCGCUUGUCGGAAUAGAUUCAGGUGGAAAUAUUGUUCGUUGAUUAUCGUCGAGAAAAGAAAGCUAGCUAGAGGGUGUGAUGGGGUUGAGCAAAACUGAAGUGAACUUGAAGAGGUUACUUGUAACUGCACCACAACAGCAAAAUCAAGCAAAGCUUAUACAUUAUGUUGCCACUUUGCGUGAACUACUGGAGCAGUUGGCUGAAGAGAGGAAUCCAGAUGGAUUACCAAGAGUUUCAAAAGCCAAGGUGAACGAAUAUGCAGAGAACAUUGAAGCCGUUGCUGCCAAGUUAGCUGUGCCCAUGCCUGAUGUGCUUACACCUGAGGAACCUUUGGCUGAGACUUCCAGCUGUGGAACUCCUAAAGAAGCAGAAAGUGCGAAUUCUGCUUCUGAAGGAUUGAGAAGAAGAUUUGGGGUCCAUUCUAACAAUGAGGAGAGAUCUCGAGAUACCGUCGAUUCUGAUCAAUCAACUGCAGUCAAACUGGAUGAUGCAGCACGAACACAUAUUGAUAAGCACAGGAGACUUCAGGAGGACUUGACUGAUGAAAUGGUUGUUUUGGCGCGGCAGCUCAAAGAGAGUAGUCUCAUGAUGAAUCAAUCUAUCCAAAAUACAGAGAAAAUACUUGAUUCAACUGAGAAAGCAGUUGAGCAUAGCCUGGCAAGUACGGGGCAUGCAACUUCCAGAGCCAUGGACGUGUAUUCGCGGAGUUUCAAGACAACAUGCUUCCAAUGGCUUUUGAUCUUUGUUAUGACUUUAGUCUUUGUCAUGGUUGUAUUACUUAUUCGAGUGACUUAGCAGUCGACGUCCCCUUUGUUAGUGGAGUGGAGAUAUGACUAAACUCUUGCCUUUUUGCUAUCUUUGUAUAGUAUCAGAUGAUACCUCAUCACUAAAAUAUUUUCUUUAAUUUUAGGGUAACAAAGUUAAAGCCUUGAUAAAAAAAAAAAAAAAAAAAAAAGUGUAACAAAGUUAUUAGGGGGUUGGGUGGAGGGGACACAUGUUCAGAAGUUAAACAUUUCUUUCGAUGCUGAUGUGCAAAACACUUGCAUUACUA